CUCGCACCUUAAGGCAUUGGUCUAGAAGGCUCAGCGAUAGGAUGAGAUUCCUGCAGAUCUUGAUCCUUGUGCACUGGCUGAUGGGCCGGAUCUCCUGAACGCAAGAGAAAGUUCUCAUAAGGCACCUCUCUUGCAAUGCGAGAACUCCACGACAAGGGCGCUGAAGAUGGGCGCAUUCCACGCCAACCGCACUGCCAGCAAGAAAAUUUAAAGGAUGGGCUUAGUCCGCAACUCAAGACAUACGAAAGGAAUGCCAAUAUGGCAGCGGCGUGUGCUAGUGCUCGCUCUGAACAUUGCCACAACGCCAUUCCUUCUUUGGCAAUUCUAUCUACUUUAUGAACCAGACGGCAUCAGCACUCUCGAGCUCCUAAUCCUGGCAUGCACCUUCUUCUGCGUGCCUUGGUCAGUCCUCAAUUUCUGGAAUGCCGUUAUCACGCUCUGUCUUCUCGCCUUUGGCAAUGCAGAGGACUCCGUCUACCCGUACUUUAAAGGAACAGGCGAGCUUCCCGAAAUAUCGUCGAAGACCGCACUUGUUUUCUUCCUGAGAAAUGAAGAUCCUGGGCCUUUGUUCGACCGCAUGCACGCUAUGCAUAAGAGUCUACAGGACACUAAGCAAGUACAACACUUCCGAUUCGUACUCUUGAGCGACACUAGCCAAGAUGAUGUCGCCAAAAUGGAGGGGCAAGGCUUCGUCCAGAUCCGUGACGAGAUUGCGAAAGGCAUGUCCAGGCCACCAUUCUACCGGCGACGCCGCGAGAACGUAACGUGGAAAGCUGGCAACCUCAAAGACUACUUGGACCAUCACUCCGGCGGCGAUGACUUUUUCGUCCCGCUUGACCAAGAUAGCGCGAUGGCUGGUGAUCUGCUGGUGCGCAUGGUUUCUAGCAUGGAGAAACACUCUCGAAUUGGCAUUAUGCAGACUCUGUGCUACGGUAUGCCCGCCGCAAGUGCAUUCACACGUCUCUAUCAGUUUGGCAUAAGACAGAGCAUGCAAACGUACAACCUUGGUAACAGUUGGUGGACGGCCGACUGUGGCCUCUACUGGGGCCAUAAUGCGAUUAUUCGGACGAAGGCAUUUCACAAGCACUGUAUGUUGCCGAAGCUUCCGGGCAAACCACCUUUAGGAGGACACAUCCUGAGCCACGACCUCAUAGAAGCCAUGUUCAUGCGGAGUGCUGGAUACGAAGUACGCAUCGUUCCAUGCGAGACCCAGAGCUACGAGACUCACCCACCGACCCUGAUUGACUACCUACGCCGUGAACUUCGAUGGUGCCAAGGGACGAUGCAAUAUUGGUUCUUACUUACGAGGCCCGGUCUGCAUCCAUUGAGUCGCUUUCACGCGUGUCAGACACUCGCCACGUAUCUUACGCAGGCCGUUCAGGCUGUGAUGGCUUUUGCUACUAUCAUUAAUGUUCUCUCUGGCGGAGUAAGCAGUAGUGCUGAGACGAAGGCACGAUUUCUUGCUCUGCAGUUGACCAUGGCUGUCAUUGGCGAUGGAUGCAAGAUCGCUGGGCACUUGAACGUUGCACUUACCUCUUUGCCGCGCUACGGAGGCUUUCUGAACUGGAUUUUGAGCGUCCUAGUUGAAGCACUUCUUCUGUUCCCGCUGGCUGCCAUCACCUCUGUAUCCGUCUUUCACUUUUUUGUGAAAUUGAUGCUUACGGGAAAGACUAUCUCCUGGGAUGGGCAGAACCGUGAUCGUCUGGGCCUCAGCUGGCGAUCUGCACUCGAGGCGCUGUGGCCUCACACAGUGAUCGGUCUAUCUUGCAUUGCCGCGAUGGUGGUCAUAGAGCAUGACUUUUCAACCCUACUUUGGGGCUGGCUUUGGGCAGCUUGCCUCAUCAUGGCCGCGCCUUAUGCUGUAUUCACUGCUUCACCGCGAUUUGGACGCUUGGCCGUGCGCUUUCGCCUGUUCACGGAUCCCGAGGAGCUCAUGCUGCCAUCGAUUCUGUCGACACUCAUACCGAAAGAAAUCAAGCCGAUCAAGGUGGAAAAGGCUAGCAUUAUUUGAGAAGCAGAGAUGCUAGAACUCGUGGUCUCCGGUGAGCUUUGAAAUGCUCUUGAUGUUGGCACGUGCUAUGGUCUCGCUUUCCAUAACCGG